UUGGCCCCACCUUCCUCGCCGCCCGGGAGAGUGGGCCCCGCCACUUGCCUGUAGCCCGGCCCACAGGCCUGGCUCUAACCUAGACUUUGUCCUCUGGGCCCACUUCUGCCUGCAGCCCCCGCGCUGAGCCCACCCUAACGUCCUCCGCAGCCAAGCAGAAGAAAACUAGAAUUUUUCUGCCUCGAGAAGGUCUUACAUGGCAGAAACUCUAGUACCAAAACCCCGCCCGGCCCGUGGCGGAGAGCUGAAAUGACGUCAGCGGGGCGCCCUUCAUUCUGUGACGUCAGCUGUGAGCGCCCGAGAGUCUUUUUGCCUUUCAGAGUUAGGGCCUCUCUGUCGUUGCAGGAAAAUAAUUUCCGCCUUUUGCAUCCACGUUGGCUCCGUCCCCAGGGUCCUUCCGGUUCAGGGACCUGGCGAUUUCUGAGUUCGGAAUCCCAGUAACCCUGUUUAAAGAGGAAUGGAGAUUGCCACUGUCCAUUUAGAUUAAUGAGGUGUCCUGAAGUGAUGUUGGCAUCAAUGAAAGGAGGGUUCUGGCACAUUCUCAUCUCACAGGAUGGCAGCUGUUGAUCUGUCCCAUGAUACGGAGUCUCACUGUGUUGCCCAGGCUGAUCUCAAACUCCUCACCUCAAGCAGUCCUCCCACCUCAACCUCCCAGAGCACUAGGAUUACAGAUGUGAGCCACUGCAACUGGCCUCGUGUGUUUUCCUGAUUUUGCAGGAAUAUAUGGGAAUUUCAUACUAGGAGGACAUUAUCUUUCUGGGAACCCAGUUUGCCUUCAUGAAGAAAAGACGCCAGCAGGAAGGAUAGUGUCUGACUGCCUAACAGAUUGUUAUCAGGGUUCAGUGACCUUCGACGAUGUGGCUGUGGACUUCACCCAGGAGGAGUGGACUUUAUUGGACCCAACUCAGAGAAGCCUCUACAGUGACGUGAUGCUGGAGAACUACAAGAAUCUGGCCACAGUGGGAGGUCAGAUCAUCAAACCCAGUCUGAUCUCUUGGUUGGAACAAGAAGAGUCAAGGACAGUUCGGGCAGGAGUUCUCCAAGGAUGGGAAAUGCAGCUUGAGACCCAAUGGUCUACACUUCAGCAGGACUUUUUGAUGGGUCAGACAUCCAUCGGGAUACAAUUGGAAGGAAAACACAACGGAGGGGAACUCUGUGACUGUGAGCAGUGUGGAGAAGUCUUCAGUGAACACUCAUGCCUUAAGACGCACAUGAGAACUCAAAGUACAGGGAACACUCAUAACUGUAAUCGGUAUGGAAAAGAUUUCCUUACUCUGCAUGAGAAAACCUCUACGGGUGAGAAGUUUAAUCAGAGUGAAAAAAUCUUCAGCCUGACACCAAAUAUUGUAUACCAGAGAACUAGCACACAAGAAAAGUCAUUUGGAUGUAGUCACUGUGGAAAAUCCUUCAUUAACGAGUCAUACCUUCAGGCACAUACGAGAACUCACAAUGGAGAAAAACUCUAUGAAUGGAGGGAUUAUGGGCCAGGUUUUAUUGACUCCACAAGCCUUUCUGUGCUUAUAGAAACCCUCAAUGCAAAAAAGCCCUACAAAUGUAAGGAAUGUGGAAAAGGCUAUAGGUACCCAGCCUACCUCAGUAUUCACAUGCGAACUCACACUGGGGAGAAACCAUAUGAAUGUAAGGAAUGUGGGAAAGCCUUCAAUUAUUCCAAUUCAUUUCAGAUACAUGGAAGAACUCACACUGGAGAGAAACCCUAUGUAUGUAAGGAAUGUGGGAAAGCCUUCACUCAGUACUCGGGCCUUAGUAUGCAUGUACGAUCUCACAGUGGAGACAAGCCCUACGAAUGUAAGGAAUGUGGGAAAUCCUUCCUUACAUCCUCACGCCUUAUUCAACAUAUAAGAACUCACACUGGAGAGAAACCUUUUGUAUGUGUUGAAUGUGGGAAAGCCUUUGCAGUUUCCUCAAAUCUUAGUGGACAUUUGAGAACUCACACUGAAGAGAAGGCCUGUGAGUGUAAGAUAUGCGGGAAAGUAUUUGGGUAUCCCUCAUGUCUUAAUAAUCACAUGCGAACACACAGUGCCCAGAAACCAUACACCUGUAAGGAAUGUGGGAAGGCUUUUAACUAUUCCACCCACCUUAAAAUUCACAUGAGAAUCCACACUGGAGAAAAACCCUAUGAGUGUAAACAGUGUGGAAAGGCCUUCAGCCAUUCCAGUUCAUUUCAAAUACAUGGAAGGACUCACACUGGAGAGAAGCCCUAUGAAUGUAAGGAGUGUGGGAAAGCCUUCACGUGUUCCAGUUCCUUUAGAAUUCAUGAAAAAACUCACACAGAAGAGAAACCCUAUAAAUGUCAGCAGUGCGGGAAAGCUUACAGUCAUCCCCGUUCACUUCGAAGACAUGAACAAAUUCACUAGUGAGAAACUCUGUCCAUGUAAUACAUGUGGGAAAGCUCUCAUUUGUUCCAGUUCACUUCAAAGACAUGAAUGAACUCACUCUGGAGAGAAGAAAGUCUACGAAAAUUACUUAAUUCCUGUAAUGCCAGCACUUUGGGAGGCUGAGGUGGGCGGAUCACUUGAGGUCAGGAGUUUGAGGCCAAUCUGGCGAAACCCUGGCUCUACUAAAAAUACAAAAAAUUUAGCCAGGCAUGGUGGUGGGUGCCUGUAAUCCCAGCUACUUGGGAGGCUGAGGCAAGAGAAUCGCUUGAACCCAGGAAGCAGAGGUUGCAGUGAGCAGAGAUCGUGCCACUGCACUCCAGCCUGGGCGACAGAGUGAGACUCCAUCUCAAAAAAAAAAAAAAAAAAAAAAAAAUUAUUUGCUUAAAUUGAGUCUGUUAGGGUACAUCCCUAAUCCAAUCUGACUGGAGUUCCUAUAAGAAGAGAAAGACACAACUGGGAUGACAAAUAGAGAAGAUGAUGUGAAGUCAUGAGAUGAUAGCCAUCUGCAAGCCAGAGAGCCAGGACAGAUCCUUCUAUCAAGGCCACCAGCCCUGCUGGCACCUUCAUCUUGGGCUUCCAGAACUUUGAGCGAAUAAACUUCUCUUGUGUGAGCCACCCAGUCUGUGGUGUUUUGUUGUGGCGGCUCUAGCAAGUGAAUACAGUAAGCAAUAAGCAAAAACGUUUAUAGAUUGUCCAAAAGCCUUAAUAUUCACAUGCAAAGCCAUGCUGGAGAGAAACUAUAUGAAUGUAAGACAUGGGAAAGCCUUCAUUGAGUCUUCAGUCCUUUCUACAUACAGGAGGAAUUACAUAGGAGAGAAAUUGUAUGAAUGUAAGGCACAUGAAAAAGCCUGUGAAUGUUCACUGUAUUUUAAUAUUCACAUGCAAGUUGUCUGGAUAUAGACCGUAUGAAAAUAGAGGGGAAAAAAGGAAAGAAAGUUUCUUUUUCUGUGAAAGUAAGGAAUGUGACCCAAUACACCAUAUUGGAACUUGGAGUGGACCGAAACCCCAUUAGGAUUGUGGAAAAGCUUACGUUAUAUGUUUUCUACCUUCUAGAAGGUGUAAGAAGUCAAACUGGAGAGAAGCCUUCUACCUGUAAUGCAUGUAGGAAGCCUUACAUUAAAUCCACAGAAAUUUUUUUUUACACAUCUAAAAUUACCUCAAAACCCUGGGAAGGUAAGGAAUGUGGUAUAUCCUUUAAAUAUUUAACAUGCCGUAAUAUUUACCUGAAUUCUCAUAAUACUGUAUUGUUUCUUGAGUAGUGUUAGUACUUUAUACUAUCAAAAUAAUCCUAAAUCCUCCCUCUCAGACCUUCCUUCAUUACUGUAUUUCACAUAUAUGCAUAUACACACACACAAAAUUAGCAUAUGUAAUCUAAUACAUUGUAGCUGUUUUUCAGAAGUUACCUGUUAGAUCAAUUAAGAAUUAGAAAAAUAAACAUUGUUAUUUUACUUCACUUCUAUGCUCAAAGUUGGAUGUAAUUCUUAUACUUGAUCCUCAAAACUUAAGGCAUUUUCCCCCUCAGGUUUCUAUGAAAAUUUUUGUUAUCUUUGAUAUUCUGUUAUUUUUAAAUGAUAUACCUAGGUAUAGGUUUUUGGUGCUUGUCCUGCUUGGUGUUUGCUUAGCCUCCUGGAUUUGUGUUUUGGCGUCAGUUAAUUUUGAGAAAUUCUGUCAUUAUUGUUUCAAAUGUUUCUUUCCCUUUUUUUUCUGUCCAUCUGAUAUUUCCUUUAUAUGUAGGAUAUAACUUUUCUAGGUAUCCCACAGGUCUUAUAUCUUGUUUUUUUAUUCUUACUUAUCUUUGCUUUUCAGUUGUGGAUGUUUCUACUGAUAUAUUCUCUUUUCUACUGACAUAUUCUUAAGCUCUUUAGUUGACUGUUUUCUGGCCAAUAAUAAGCCUACUGAAGACAUUCUUCAUUUCUGUUGCUGUCUUCAAUCUCUAGCAAUUCUUUGUGGUUCUUAGAAUUUCCAUUCUGCAUUUACACUGUCUGUCUGUUCUUGGAUGCUGUCUGCUUUAUCCAGUAGAAUCCAGGGCAUAUCAAUCAUAAUUGUUUUAAAUUCCCGGUCUGAUAAUUUCAGCAAUCCUGCUAUGUCUGGUUCUGGUUCUUACUCUUUCUCUUUAAACUAAGUUUUGCCUUUUGGUAUGCUUGUAAUUUUUCCUUAGCUGGACAUGGCAUACUGGAUAAGAGGAACUGCUGUAAGCAGGCCUCUAGUAAUGGUGGUAAGCUGUGGGGAGAGGGGCAGUGUUCUAUUGUCCAGGGAUUAGAUGUCACUCUUUUAGUGAGUCUGUGCCUCUGCACUGUGAACUUCAUAGUUUUUCCCACCCUUUAGUUGGGUCAGGAUAUAUAGAGUUGGCUGGAGUUGGAUAUUUCCCUUCCUGCAGGUCACUGAAGCUCUGACUGAAAUUCUGGGUGCGGUGGCUUAUGCCUAUAAUCCCAGCAUUUUGGAGGGCCAAGGCAGGUGGAUCACCUGAGUUUGGGAGUUUGUGACCACACUGAAU